CGCGGGUAUGCCUGCCAACGCCUCCGCAGCACGGAGAGACAGGUACCCCCAGACAGGCAGGCACGUCCCCCGAUGUCCAUGCUCACGUGGGGACAUCUGUGUUUCGCACGACGAGGCCCCACAGACGCACACCAGUGCUUCUCUCUGGCCUCGUGCUGCUGUGCCCCCCAUGGCCUGCGGUGUCCCGUGUGUCCGCAGGUGACUUCCUGCUGCUGCUCUGCGCCUCCCAGCAGUGGCAGGUGUUCUCUGUCGAGCGCACGGAGGAGUGGCGGCUCAUGGCCGGCGCGAACACGGACCACCUGGAGCUGCAGCUGGGCGAGCCCAGCACCGUGCCCAACUUCAUCUACUGCAGGUCCUACCUCGACAUGCUGAAGGUGGCCGUCUUCCGCUACCUCUUCUGGCUGGUGCUGGUGGUGGUGUUCGUGACGGGGGCCACGCGCAUCAGCGUCUUUGGGCUGGGCUACCUGCUGGCCUGCUUCUACCUGCUGCUGUUCGGCACCAGCCUGUUGCAGAAACACCCGCACACCCGCCUCGUGCUGUGGGACUGCCUCAUUCUGUACAACGUCACCGUCAUCAUCUCCAAGAACAUGCUCUCGGUGAGCCC